AUGGCAAAGCGUCCUGUCAUUGCCGUUGCAGGAUUAGCCUGUGAAACGUCUACCUUCACCCCCUCGCGCACCCUUGCGCCUGCAUUUCAUCCCCGCAGGGGAGACGAGGUGAUCGAUGAAUACGAUUUCAUACAGGCGGGUACACCUCUAGGCAAUGCAGCGGAAUGGCAUGGUGCGUUAAUUGGCCAUGCAUUACCCGGUGGGAUGGUGACGCGUGAUGCCUUCGAGGAGCUGGCAGGAGAGAUUGUCGGGCGCUUAGGCAACAUUGUUGCGACUACAGAGGUCCAUGGUCUCUGGUUUGAUAUUCACGGUGCUAUGUGCGUGGAGGGCAUCGAUGACGCCGAGGUUGAACUUCUGCGACGGAUCAGGACCGUUACUGGUCCUGAUGUCAUUGUGUCGGCGUCUAUGGAUUUACACGGAAAUGUUUCUAGGGAAUUAGCCCACGGGUUGGACAUUUUAACAUGUUAUCGGACGGCUCCGCAUGAGGAUGAAUCAGAGACUAAAGAGCGAGCGUGUCGCAAUCUUGUUGACCUUCUUACGCAGUCUUCUGACCUCGCUGGAGGUCCGGUACGACCCCUCAAAGCGUGGAUUCCAGUGCCCAUCUUGCUACCCGGAGAGCAAACGUCUACGCGUAUUGAGCCGGCUAAGGGUCUUUAUGAGAUCGUGCCUGAAGUCGAGGCAGAACCCGGGGUGAUCGAUGCCGCGAUAUGGGUCGGAUAUCCCUGGGCCGACGAGCCACGGAAUCGCGGUGCCAUAGUUGUCACAGGGUGGGAUGAAACGGCCAUUACUGCUGGAGCGGAGCGUUUAGCAAAGAAGUUCUGGGACUCGCGCAAGGACUUCAAGUUUGUCGCACCAACAGGGUCUUUCAAACAAUGUAUCGAUACUGCGUUGGCCUCGCCUGCCCACCCUUUCUUCGUCUCCGGCUCCGGAGAUAACCCGACUGCGGGCGGUUCAGGCGAUGUGACUUGGGGACUGACGCGGCUACUCGGUCGAUCCGAGUUUAAAGGUCCUUCGGGACCGAAAGUUAUAUAUGCCAGUGUCCCGGGGCCGCAAGCCGUCCAAACAAUGGUUCAAGCAGGUGUCGGUGCUACUGUAACUGUUACAGCGGGAGCGGAAGUGGACCAUAUCCAUGCUGGCCCUAUCACCAUGACGGGACGCGUGCAUUCGAUCAAGCACGGCGACAAGGACGCCGUCAUCGAGGCAGUCUUGCAGGUUGGCAGUGUGUUUGCGAUUCUUACUCAGCUUCGCAAACCUUACCAUCACGAACGUGACUUUACUGAUCUCAAUCUGAAUCCUCGUGCUACGGAUAUAGUGAUCGUUAAAAUUGGAUACCUAGAGCCGGAACUGUUUGAUAUGGCUGCAGAUUGGAUGCUCGGGCUCACUCCUGGUGGUGUGGACCAAGACAUCAAGCGACUGGGGCAUAAACGCAUUCGUCGACCGAUGUGGCCUUUUGAUACUACUUUCCCGGAGCCUCCCGAUUUAACGGCGCGGAUCAUUGCGAAGUCUAAUGAACCGAUGGCUGGACCUGAACAGUGA